AUGAUUUAUAUAAAUAAAAGGCUUAUUAGCCUUUUUUUGGUGGUACUUUUAUGUACAAAAGAAUUUUUAGUAUAUGGACAAUUAAGGUAUAAUGAUUAUUAUCAGGGACCUACUAUUAAAUAUAUUAUGCAUGGUAAUCAUCAAUUACCUCAAACACCUAUACAAUAUGCUGGACAUCAAGUUUUACAACAACAACAAAAUUUUGGACCACAAGUUGGUCCAAUGAUCAUGCCCCAAAGACCAAUGCAAAUGGUUCCAGGUGUAACACCUGUUUUAGAUUUUAAUCAAGUACUUCUUGGUGGUACUAGAGGAUAUCCUGGAAUGAGAGUUAGAGUUAAUUCUAGAGGUUUUCAAUAUGCUUCAUCAAUAAUAGGAAAUUUAUUAAAUGAUGAAAUUAAAAGAGCUCGUAUACCACCAAUAUCACAAUGUAUGAGAGAAGUUAGUGGAUGUAUACAAAUAUAUAAUAUUUAUGUUUCAAGAUAUAGAUGUCCACAAAGGAUAUUACUUUAUCCAGCUCCACCAAAUAGAAUAGUUAUUUCUGUUCAAAAUCUUGAUAUUGGAAUAACAGGAAAUUUAGGUGGUCAAAUUAUUGUUCUUUUACCAAUAAGAUUAAAUGGUAUCGUUCAAAUGAAUGCUCAUCAAGUUUCUAUAACAACAGAACUAGUUAUUGAAAGAUCAGUUACAGGAUCACCAUUUAUACGUGUUGCAUCAUGUAAUGUUCAGUUAGGUUAUGUUGAUGCAUAUCUUGAGAAUGCUGGUAUUAUUGGAGAUAUUGUUAAUAGUCAAUUUAGGCAAAGAGUUUCAUCACAGGUACGUCAAAUGAUACCAUCAAAAUUAUGUGGACAAUUACCACAAAUUGUUAAUGAAAAAUUAAAUGGAAAAUUGACUGGAUUACCACAAUCAUUAUCAUUAUUACAAAUAAAAGAUACUAUUAUUGGCAUGAUGUCAGCAACACCAGCUCAUUGUUCUGUACCAACAUGUCAAGGUAUCAAAAAUAUUGCUAUUAAUCAAGAAAUUGUUCCAUUACCAACUAAUAAUGUUCCUCAUACUGGGCAAUUAAAACAAUCUGCUUUAGUUCCAUCAAGUGCUACAGUAUCAAUACCAAAACCACAAUAUCCACAAAAAACUGUUCAUGCUGCUUUAUCAAGAUCAGUAAAUAAUGGAGUACCACAAAAAUUAACUAUAAGAAGUUCAGAAACAUUAAUGAAUGGUGUACCAACUAAUAGAAGAGUUUAUACUGUUUUAGAUCAACAACAACAAUUUAUACCAGCAUAUCAUCCACGAUUAACAAGAGAUGUUAACUUUAAUAUUAAUUCAGAAUCACUUUAUCAAUUAGUUAAAAAAUCAAAAUUAUUUGGUGCUGUAACAUCAAUAAUAGCAAAUAAUCCAUGUGCUGGAUGUCCUGGUGUUAAUGAUGUUGAAGAUCCAUUAACACAAGCUAGAAAAUUAAUAGAUUAUUUAGAUUGGAAUAAAGUUAGUAAUAUUGAUUUAACUCUUCAACUUCUUAAUACAUAUGCUACAACAAAUGACUUUACUAUUGAUAUAAAUGGUGAAUUUUCACCAGGUGGUCAAGGUACAACACCAUUUGGACCAUUUCCAUUACAAUUUCCAUAUCCAGUUAGUAAUAGAAUGGUUGAUGGUCUUAUAUCAGAUUUUACUCUUAAUUCAUUAUUAUAUCAUGCUCAUAGAGCUGGAUUCUUUUCUGUUAGAAUAGGGCCUGAAACACCAAAAGUAGGUAAUUUAUUAAGAACAACAUGUAGUGAUGAUGAAGAUGAAUUAGAAGAUCAUGGUGUUGAGACAGAUGAAGUUAGUUCAUUUAAAAUGAAAAUGAAAGGUGUCCGUACUCAUAUAAUAAAAAAUUUCUUUAAUAAUAGAAAAAAAAGAGCUGAUGAUGGUGGUUUAGAAGAUCUUGGUAUUUGUUUUGGUGAUAUUUUACCAGCUAUAAGAGAAAAAUAUCCAAAUAAAUUGUUAGCUGUUAAUAUUCGUACAACCAAAGCACCAGCAAUUAUCUUAUCAGCAAUGAAUGGUGGAACUGUUCAAGGGUAUCUUGAUGCUGAUGCUGAUAUAUUUAUUGAUGGUACAACUCCACCACAAAGAGUUGGUACUAUUUCUAUUUCAGCUAUUGUUGUUGCAACACUUUCCUCAUCUGGUGAUAAAGUUUUUGGUACAUUAAAAAUUAAUUCAUUAUCUCUUAAAGAUAGAGAUGGAUCACUUGGAUUACCACAAGAUGCAUUAGAUAAUUUAGGUAAUCUUGGUAAAGAAUUACUUGAAAAAGCUGGUAAUGAUAUACUUGGAAAAGGACUUAAAGUAUCAAUACCAUCAAAUACAGGACUACCAAUAGAUAUAUCAUCACCACAAAUUCAAAUAGUAGAACAUGGAUUGUAUUUGGCUGCUGAUUUUACCAUAAAUCCAGUCACUAUUCAAUCACUCGCCGGAAUGAGUGGACAUUCGGGUAGUUGUAUGAGAUAUGUCUUUUAA